GUUCAAGAUGGCGGACUUGGAAGCCGUUCUGGCUGACGUCAGCUAUCUUAUGGCUAUGGAGAAAAGUCGGAGUCAGCCAGCUGCUCGUGCCAGUAAACGAAUAGUCUUACCAGAUCCAAGUGUGCGGAGUAUCAUGCAGAAAUAUCUCGAGAAAACGGGUGAAAUAAAAUUCGAGAAGAUAUUCAAUCAAAGGCUUGGCUUUCUUCUGCUGAAGGACUUUGCCGAAAAUGUCACAGAAAAUGCAUGUCCACAAAUAAAGUUCUAUGAAGCGAUCAAAGAAUACGAGAAAAUGGAGACGCCGGAAGAGCGUUUGACGAAAGCUCGCGAGAUUUAUGACCAUCACAUCAUGGUUGAGAUGCUCGCUCAUGCUCACAACUAUUCGAAGGAUUCGUUACAACAUGUGCAGUACCACCUGCUGAAGGGCAGCGUGCCACCGGACCUGUUUCAGAGAUAUGUGAUCGAGAUAUGCGACCAGCUCAAGGGCGACAUCUUCCAGCGUUUUCUAGAGAGUGAUAAAUUCACACGAUUUUGUCAAUGGAAGAAUUUGGAGCUGAAUAUGCAACUUACUAUGAACGAUUUCUCAGUACAUCGAAUUAUUGGUCGAGGAGGAUUCGGGGAAGUGUACGGGUGCCGAAAGGCGGACACUGGAAAAAUGUAUGCCAUGAAAUGUCUGGAUAAGAAGAGAAUCAAAAUGAAACAGGGAGAGACACUGGCUCUAAAUGAACGCAUCAUGCUUAGCCUUGUUUCUACGGGGCAAGACUGCCCUUUUAUUGUAUGCAUGACGUAUGCAUUUCAAACACCCGACAAACUUUGUUUCAUCUUGGAUCUCAUGAAUGGCGGAGAUCUUCACUAUCACCUUUCUCAGCAUGGCGUUUUUACCGAACAGGAAAUGCUUUUCUAUGCAUCAGAGGUGAUUCUUGGUCUCGAACAUAUGCAUAAUCGCUAUGUUGUGUAUCGCGAUUUGAAACCCGCAAAUAUACUUUUAGACGAAAAUGGACAUGUGCGGGUGUCGGAUCUGGGUCUUGCAUGUGACUUCUCCAAAAAGAAACCGCAUGCGAGCGUAGGAACUCAUGGAUAUAUGGCACCAGAGGUGCUUGCGAAGGGAGUCGCUUACGAUUCCUCAGCUGACUGGUUCUCUCUCGGUUGUAUGUUGUAUAAACUGCUCAAGGGUCACUCUCCGUUUCGACAGCACAAAAGCAAGGAUAAAAAUGAAAUCGAUAAGAUGACGUUAACGCAAGACAUAGAGCUGCCUAAUGAGGGAUUGUCACCAGAAUGUCGUGAUCUCUUAGAAGGAUUGCUAAAGCGGGAUGUGCCGGAUAGACUUGGAUGCAGAGGAAGAGGCCCCUCAGAGGUAAAAGAACAUGCAUUCUUCCGUGAAGUUGACUGGCAGACGGUGUAUCUACGUCGCAUGACUCCACCUUUGAUUCCACCUCGUGGUGAAGUGAAUGCUGCUGAUGCAUUCGAUAUCGGAAACUUUGACGAUGACGAAGUCAAGGGAGUGAAGUUGGCUGAAUCGGACAGCGAGCUCUACAAAAACUUCAAUAUUGUGAUUUCGGAACGAUGGCAAAACGAGAUCGCGGAGACAAUCUUUGAGGUUGUCAAUCAAGAUGCAGACAAAGCUGAAAGCAAAAAGAGAUCCAAACAAAGAGCUAAAAUGAAUGUCGACGAAAAAGAUUCUGACGUUAUUGUUCAUGGUUACAUCAAAAAACUUGGCGGACCUUUCACAUCCGCUUGGCAAACCCGUUACGGUAAAUUGUAUCCCUCUCGACUGGAACUCUAUCCAGAAUCUCUUAGCGGAAAACCGGAGCUGGUGUUUAUGGACCAAAUUGAAGACGUCUGUGCUGACUUGCAAACCGUAAAAGGAGAGAACGCUAUUGUCGUCAAACUGCGUGAUGGGUUCAAGGAACCGCGAAUUAGCUUGACAAACUCGGACGAGAUUUCGCUGAAAGAAUGGCACACAUCGCUACGAACCGCCCACAAGGUUUCGUCCGAGUUGUUGCAACGAAUGGGACGAAAAGCGAUCAAGAUCUACGGUGUAAACCACGACCCGAUGCUGAAUGAAGCCGAACGACCUGCUUCUGUUUCAAAGUACAUGAACAGAGCGUCCAGUGUCGACUCCACCGUGUGACGACCACGUCGCGACCCCAACCGCCUGUACAAAGCGCGAGCGCGUAGAGAUGUUUAGAAUGCGUUGCGAUUCUGCUAUAUCCAAGACGGGAAUAUUCACCCUCUGGCAACCUGCCUCUUCUCUCCAGUCCAGCCGAUCUGGAUUUUGCGAACACCGAAAACUAAAGCAGGGGUAUUGGGUAUCCAGUGACUCAUCUCUGUUUUGAAUUGGGUAUUUAUUGAUGUCUGACAGCUGCACAACUCUGUUUCCCCGAAUCUUCACGUCUACCCAAUACAUUGCGCGUCCAGCGACACUCACAGCAGUCAGUAAUCCCGGACAUAUCAUCCCAUUUCCUUUGCAAAUACAUGUCUUUCACGAUGUUCUUGGCCGCU